AAACUCCAUCACCAAAACUCCACCAAACCUAGAGACCACAUGAUGUGCUCCAACUUCUUCCUUCUCUUUUUAGCAGCUUCUCUCAUUUUCUUGCCUCAUCAGUCCUUCUUCACCAUUUGCAGAGCAGUACUCGAUCAGCCUAAUGAUGAAGUUGGUAAUGAAACCAAAUUUACUUAUAUUGAAGGAACUGGUAAAGGACCAAAGAAAUGGGGCCAGAUUGACCCACAUUGGAAAGUCUGUGAUAAUGGAAAAUUGCAGUCUCCAAUUGAUCUUCUUGACCAAAGGGUGCAGGUUUUCCCUAACUUGGGGAAAUUGAAAAGGGACUACAAACCAGCUCCUGCUACUGUGAAGAACAGAGGACAUGACAUUACGGUGAGGUGGAAGGGAGAUGCGGGAAAAAUUAACAUAAAUGGGACUGACUUUGGAUUGCUACAAUGUCAUUGGCAUUCACCCUCAGAACACACAUUUAAUGGAUCCAGAUAUGCUUUGGAACUUCAUGUCAUUCAUUUAAGCUCUACUCAUAAGAUUGCUGUUAUUGGAAUUGUGUACAAAUAUGGCCGGCCUGAUCCCUUCCUUUCGAAGCUGCUCCACCACGUAAAAUCAGUUGGGACAAAAGAGGUUGACAUAGGGAUGAUUAAUUCUGGAGACAUUAAGUUUGGAAGCAGAAAGUAUUACAGAUACAUUGGUUCUCUUACAGUUCCUCCCUGCACUGAGGGUGUAAUUUGGACAAUAGUCAAAAAGGUGAGGACAGUUUCGAGGGAGCAAGUUCGAGCGCUAAGGGAGGCCGUUCACGAUGGAUUUGAGGCAAAUGCCAGACCAACUCAGCAAUUGGAUGGAAGACCAGUGUUGUUAUACACUCCAAGAGACAAUUGAGGAUCAGCUUAGGUCUAUAAAAAUUGAAGAGAGAUGUGUUUAUAACUUACAACCACAUGUUGGAACAUGUCCCAAUUUCUUGGGUGCUUCAUGAUAAAUAAAAAUUAAUCAUAUACAUUUAUGCACA